UGUCGCUAUUUUAGAAAAUUGGAAGUAAAGGGUCACACGGGGUAAUGUUGCUUAGAGUGCUGCUCUUAAAGUUUUUCAAAGUUUCGUGAGAAUAGGCCGAGUUUCUGUGGACAAGAUAGUUGUACAUAUCAGGGUAGCAGAUGUCAGGCAGAGAUGGCGAAGACAGCGGGUCGAAAAAUAUCAAUUUAGGCAUCAAAUAUGGAUCUGGCGAAUGGAUAGACUGAAGCUUUUCCACAUAACGCCUUUUAUGCAACACAUCCAAUGAGUUUACAGCGUCUGAAAGCACCGGGGCUUCCAUGAAUUGCACUAUAAAUUGCACGCCAAAUUGAAACCAUUGAGAAUACGGAUAAACAAUGACGGACAAUAUGGCGGCCGGAUACAGCGACACGUCAUUUUGUGACGUUGGUGUGUAGGGUCUAUAGCAAGUGUGACAUGCAAUCCCGCUCUCCCCUAAUUGUCAGGAAGCCACAGGUGUGUUACUCCUCAAAACCGGAACUACUUUUGUUCAAUUUAAACAGCUGUUACAUCCACAAUAUGCAGCUUUUAAUAACUGGUGGUUAAUAAUUACCUUUCGGUGUCCUGCUCUCCUCGACACACCUCGGUGGAAAAGUAGCCGUGUAGAAGGCAAACCACCACGGAGCUCAAGUUCAGGGUUAGCGAAAGAGCCGAGAGUAUCGUGGACACCGGGGACAGAAAAGGUCGGACAUGCGGAGGCACGACCGAAGUGGCGUCCUCCUUCAUUGCCGUGUGUUGUGGUUGCAGCUGGAAAAUCAGAAUGACCGAUAACACGGACAUAAUGGCCGAUAAAAUCCCCAGUAAUGACAGGACGACAACAGACCGCUGACUGUGGUCCAUUGAUAUAAAAUGAAGAAAAGGACGUCUGUUUUGGAUUGGCUCACAUGCAUGGUGACAAGAAGAGGAAAAGGAGGGCGGGUUAAGUCAGCCAGCUGUGUGUUGGCAGGGCUCUACUUCUACAUCAGGUUGUCAUCCCCGUUGACACACGCACACAAACUUUCUCCUUUGGAUCUGACGGCUCCUCUGUGAUAAUUGAUGUGCAAGCACCUUCAACAAGAGUGAACAGACAGGCAUCACACCACGGGAAAGAUGGGAAGAAAGAAAAUACAAAUUUCUCGCAUUCUGGACCAGAGAAACCGACAGGUUACAUUCACCAAACGCAAAUUUGGCCUGAUGAAGAAGGCAUAUGAGCUGAGUGUGCUCUGUGACUGCGAGAUUGCCCUCAUCAUCUUUAACAGCACCAACCGCCUAUUCCAGUACGCCAGCACCGACAUGGACAAAGUGCUGCUCAAAUACACAGAGUACAGCGAGCCACACGAAAGCCGUACCAACACCGACAUACUUGAAACUCUCAGGAGGAAAGGGCUCGAUUUGGACGCCUCGGAGCUUGACGGCGAGGAGAGCAUUCAAGUUACCGGCCAUAGAUAUCAAUAUGGCGACAGUGUGGAACUGUCUGCGGGCCGCCAGCGUCUUUAUGCUCCAUCCCUGCGCACCCCAGAGGCUCAGUUCCUCAUGUCAGAGAGCAAUUUAGCUGUCUCAUCCGGACCUGGUCUGCCCCCUCAUCGACCCCCGGGUCCACCAGCGGCUCACACUUCCUUCAUGCCUCCGCACACAGGUAUCGGCUACUCAGUCUUCUCCCACGUGAGUCGAGGGCUCGAUCCGAAAAGCCCCCCUCCUCCGUCUUCUCUGACCCUGCCUGGUGACGCGGCUGAUCAGAGCUCACGCACAGGCCCCAACCCUGCCGUAAACCGGGGGGUCUUGUACCAGACGGGCCUGCACGGCGCCAUGGGCAAAGCUGGUCUUCUGGGCCACACUCUGGCUGGCUAUGGACUAGCCUCCCCUGGAGCUUGUGAGUACAGCCAACCUAGUUUCUAUCAUUCUUUGAGUCUGCAACGAGGCCCAGUAAACUCAUGGCAAAACAUACAGUCUGCACACCAGCUCCAUGGGCAUAAUAUAAAUCAAGGGAUGUCCACAGGGACGUGCUCUUUCCCUUCUCCUUCUUUCUCCUCCACCUUGGCACAUUCUCCCCGCAUCAGUUUGCGCAUCAAAUCUGAGCGCAACUCCCCAGAGCAGCACAUGGCCUCUCCUGCCUCCUCACCUUCACAUGGCCCCAGGCAGGAAAAGUCGCCCGCGAGUGGGCCCACAUCAGCCCGUCACAGCCCCCUGGAAGCUGGGGCCGAAACAUACUCGUGCAACCGAGAGGAUGGAGGGAUGGCUGGGCAGUCACAUGCAUAUGAGGGAUGGCAAAGAUAGUGGACACUUAAUUGGUAUACACGUACUAUCAAAUGACAUCAACUACAAGAACUGUAUCAGAAGCUGGUAGAAGAUACACAAGGUCGUAGGUUUGGUCUCAAUAUUGGUAGGAACGAUAUACCAGCACAACCUGCAUAUGUACACUUUUUGCUGGGGACGGGACAUUAAUAAGACCAAACAGACUGGGUGAACAGCAGUCAGGCAACAUUUCUCACUUAUAAGAACCUGAUUAAUUGAUAGGCUAAA